UAAAAGUGGUCAUCUCCGGAUGUCUAUUAAAAAAAAAAAAAAAAAAAAUUGUCGGUCACAUGAAUCAAAGAUGGUCUGUCGACAUCUUCCUUUACGUCAUUUCCUGUUAAAGUAUUCAGCUGUAUCCAACCGCUUUGCGCUGUGGACCACGUGUUCAACUACAGAAAAUGAGUAGUUUAAGGAAAGGAAUUCUGUUAGGUUUAGGUAAUCCCCUUCUUGAUAUUUCUGCUAAUACUGAUGAAGAUUUUCUUAAGAAAUAUGACUUGAAAGCAAAUAAUGCAAUAUUGGCUGAAGAGAAACAUCAGUCAAUGUAUCAAGAAAUGAUUGAAAACUAUGAUGUUGAAUAUACUGCUGGAGGUGCUUGUCAGAAUACAAUGAGAAUUGCUCAGUGGGUUUUAAAUACACCAGAAAUAUGCAGUUUCAUGGGAUGUAUUGGAAAAGAUUCAUUUGGAAAAACAUUAGAGAAAAAAGCUCGUGAAGCAGGAGUCAAUGUUAGUUAUCAGUAUAGUUCAGAGACACCUACAGGAACUUGUGCUGUUGUAUUAACGGGUAAUGGAACCAAUAGGUCAUUAUGUGCUAAUCUAGCUGCAGCAAAUUGUUUUGAAGUUGAUCAUAUAAGGAAGACAGAAAAUAGACAGCUGAUAGAAAAUGCUGAAUUCUUUUAUAUAACUGGUUUCUUUUUGACAGUAAGUCCAGAAACAAUUUUGGAAGUAGCAAAGCAUGCUUGCAAGAAUAACAAAACUUUUAUAAUGAAUCUUAGUGCUCCAUUUUUAAGUCAGUUUUUUAAGGAACCUAUGAUGCAGGCACUACCAUAUGUUGAUAUUUUAUUUGGUAAUGAAACGGAAGCUCAAACAUUUGCUACAGAACAAAGUUUCAAUACAACAGAUGUUAAAGAGAUUGCUCUAAGAAUUUGUGAUCUACCAAAAAUAAAUAAUGAGAAACCAAGACUUGUAGUCAUUACACAAGGUGAACUUCCUGUAAUUCUUGCAUGUGAUAGUAAGAUUACAGAAUUUCCAGUAAAGUCACUGUCAACAGAAGAACUUGUAGAUUCAAACGGAGCUGGAGAUGCUUUUGUCGGAGGUUUUUUGGCUCAACUUAUUCAAGGAAAGCCAAUUGCCACAUGCAUCAAAUGUGGCAUUUAUACGGCUCAAGAAGUGAUAAUGCAAUCGGGUUGCACUGUUUCAGGUGUCUGCAAAUUUAGAGAGUGAGCAUCAUUGACUCAUUCAUAAAAGUAGGUUAAUUGCAACAUGAUCAGGCCAGAAUAAUUUGGAGAAGUCAAAAUUAUGGUAUGAUUGAAGCAGUUAGGGAACAAAAUGUACAGUACCAGUAUAAUGUAAAAGCAUUCCUGUAAAUUUUAAUUGAAAAGUUAGUUUUUUUUUUAUUUCUAUAAUUCUGAUAUGUUGUUUGUAAUCUAAUCUUUUUUUUUUCCCUUGAAUAUAUUUGUAAUGCAAUAAUCUUUGUUGUUGUUACCUGCCUAAAAUGGAAGUGUGUCAAUUAGGUAAUGAAAAUUCAGAGUAUCAUAAUAUAUUUUUCAAAAUGCUCUGCAAUUUAAGUUUUAUUAAAAACUUCAGAUGAAAAUGAUUUUUAAUCAUAAACUACUUAACUGUGUUAAAAUUUUAACAUUGCUAAUUCUUGCUGCAGCUGUUUACAUAAACAAAUGAAAAAUUGGUACUACUUUACAGAUAAUAUUUGAAUACAAAUUAUGUUAUAAAGAUAGCAAAAACUGAAGUUAUAAUGUAAGAGCAAUACAUAACAUUUUGUGAAAUCAAUGUUUGUAUUGUGGAUAUAAAACAUUGAUAUAUAUAUAUAUAUA